AAAAAAAAAAAAAAAAAAAGUUCGCGACUUUUUUUAUACUGUGCCCCUCCAUCUCUUACACAGAUAUAUAUAUAUUUAUAUAUAUAUAAGAUGCUGCGCUCAAGCUUCAGAGGGGCCUGUCCCGUCUUGCCCCGUCUGCAUCGCUGCCUAGCGACGGUGCAGACGUCAAAACCGGCAACAAAGAGGACGGGGGAUAUUUCAGAUUCUUUCGUUUCGUUGUCUGGUGCAGAGCAGGCGCCGCUGCCGGACCGCUUCAGACAGCUGAAGUUGGACCUGGUCAGGGAUCGGGAAAAGGACAUCAUCGCUAGCUGGAAAAGAUUGUUGCGGACGCUGCGGGAAGAAAAUGAAAUCAUUGCCAAGAAGGGGACGGGUGUUAUUCCCCAAGUAGAGUUCGCUGACCUUGAUAAUGGGUUGGAUAGUAAAGUCAAAGAGGAGAUUAAGAAGAGAGGAGUUGUCGUCGUGCAUGGUGUAAUUCCGGAGAAGGAAGCGCGAGGAUAUAAGGAGCGCGUCGAGGAAUACGUGCACAAAAACCCCCAUACAAGAGCCUUCCCGCCUCAUGACCCCCAAGUAUACGAGCUGUACUGGUCUGAGCCACAGAUCAAAGCUCGCUCACAUCCUUCCAUGCUAAAGGUACAAAAGUAUCUCAUGUCAGACUUUUGGCAUUCCGCAUCACCAAAUACUCCAAUCUCUCUCGACAUCCCUCUUUCUUAUGCCGAUAGGCUUCGCAUCCGACAGCCCGGUGAUGCUGCCUUUGCACUCGGCCCCCACAUCGACGGCGGAAGCGUCGAACGCUGGGAGAAGGACGGAUACGGACGUGGACAUGUCUACGAUAAGGUAUUCGAAGGCAAAUGGGAGAGUUACGACCCCUGGGAGGCUUCUGGGAGAGUCGAUGCUGUCAACGACCUUCACAACGGCCUAGGGGCAUGCAGUGCUUUUAGAACAUGGCAGGGCUGGGUCUCUAUGAGCCAAGUAGGGCCGGAAGAGGGCACACUGUUGACAUACCCCUUGAUGCUAUCAACAGCAUACACUCUGCUGAGACCGUUCUUCAGGCCGAUUGAUGAUGGCAAGAUUGGUGAUCGGUUCUUGGACGAAAAGAACUGGGCAUUCACUGGCGAGGAUGAUAUGACCAGUGACUUACAGGGAGCUUUCCCUGGACACGGACAAGAGCUUAAUGAUGAGCUUCACCCUCAUUUGGAGCUUUCAAGAACCAUGACACACGUGCCUGAAAUUAAGCCCGGAGCUUUUGUGGCUUGGCACUGCGAUACUAUUCACGCCGUGGAUAAAGUCCACAAGGGCCAUUCCGACUCCAGUGUCCUCUACAUUCCCGUCUGCCCCGUGACCGAGCUCAAUGCUCAGUACCUGGCAAGGCAGCGCCAGGCUUUCUUAGCAGGCACACCGGGACCUGAUUUCCCCGGCGGCGAGGGCGAAUCCAGACAUAUCGACCGCCCAACGGAGGAGAUGCUGCGGCGGUGGACUAGUGUCGAGGGCAGGCAGGCAAUGGGACUGGACAAGCUGAUUGCGCGUCCUUCAGCUUUGCCAGGCGCCAGAGAGGUGGUGGAAAGGUUUAACGCGACGUUGGGGCUAGUGUGAAGAAGUUGUCGUGUUAAAAAUGUCUUGCUUCGAACUGUGUGCGUGAAGGCCAAGAUUGUACAACCAUGUUCAGAAACCUUUGUACCAUAAUAGUCAUGUCUCAUGCCAAGCUGCAUGUUGGAUCAGCAGCAUCUAGUUUUAUGUUUGCUUGCUUACUUAUUUGUUUAUUUAGUGUAAUUUAGUGUAACAAGAUUGCUAAUCAGUGAUGCAGACAGAGGUCAGC